CAUCUAUGAAGUUGGGUGGAGACAAAGCUGUUGGGGAAACCAGUCCCACACCACCUGGCAGGUACCCCGAGUCCGGCGGAGACAAAGGAGUUAGAAAGAGACAGAAUAAGUGUUUAAAAGGCAGGUUCAGGGGACCAGAGCAUUGGAGGCUUGCUCCCGUUCCAGAGCUCUCGGGCUCCACCCAAUUUAUUGGUUUACAAGCUCUUUGUUCUUAGGGCAGAUGGGAAGGGGAGGACGGGAUAAGGAAAAGGAUUAAUCAGUAAAAGAGAAUCAUGAGUCAUUCAAUAAGGUGUACAGCAGUGGCGGUUGCUGUGAAUUUCCUUGAGCAAAGGCGUGUGUCUAAACUACUUAAGAUCUUCAACUUAUCGGGACUGAAAUGGGUGGGAGCAGGUUUCAGGAGGAGCCACGAUGUUUGAUUAUAUUCCACUGCUUCAAGGGAGUGUGAUCUCCCUGAGCAACCUGUGGAAUGCUGAGCGGUUAUGGUCUCGGGGCAUAAAUACAUGAAGGCAAUAAGGAGACUUUUCUCCUCAGAGGCCGCCCAUGGCUUCCCAUAGGUGUCUACACAGGGGAGACCAACUCAGCUGGCACCCCAGAACCUCUCUUUCCCACAAAAGCUGGGCUGGUUCUGAUUCUUAGCCUGUUCUGGCAGUGACGCACUCAACCCCAUAGGGAGUGGACGAGCCCCAGGAAGAAGAUGACGUUUUGGAGAAAACGCUCCAAAGCCCUCUGCAUUGGGCUGACUCUGGCCAUUACUGUCAAUCUCCUUCUGGUAUUUUUUAGCAAAGAGACUUUACGAAACCCAUUUAUGGGUGGUCUCCACAAGGAGCUUCCUUUACAUCUGAACGAGCGCGACGGGGCAGUGAUAAGAAGACUCUCCCAGUUGGAGACGGAACUGAAGCAUCUGAAAGAAAGUAUGAAAUUGGCUCUGAGGCAGCAAGAAAAUGUGAACAACACAAUGAAGAGGGCGAAAGAUGAAGAACGCCCUGUUCUGAAGGCAGUGGAAGCCGAGGUGAAUGAGACAAAGAAGCACAAAACCCAAAUGAAACUCUUCCCACACUCACAGCUUUUCAGGCAGUGGGGCGAGGAUCUUUCUGAGGCCCAGCAGAAAAAGGCCCAGGACCUCUUCCGGAAGUUUGGUUACAACGCGUACCUCAGCAACCAGCUGCCUCUCAAUCGCACCAUCCCCGAUACACGAGACUACAGAUGUCUUCAGAAGACAUAUCCUUCCCAACUCCCAUCCCUCAGUGUCAUUCUCAUAUUCAUGAAUGAAGCUCUGUCCAUUAUACAACGGGCCAUCACCAGUAUCAUCAACCGGACACCCUCUCAAUUGUUGAAGGAAAUCAUCUUGGUGGAUGAUUUCAGCUCAAAUGGAGAACUAAAGGUACACUUGGAUGAGAAGAUUAAGCUUUACAACCAGAAGUAUCCAGGACUACUGAAAAUAAUACGGCAUCCUGAGAGGAAAGGUCUUGCUCAAGCCCGCAACACUGGCUGGGAAGCUGCCACAGCAGACGUGGUCGCCAUCUUGGAUGCUCACAUUGAAGUCAAUGUUGGGUGGGCAGAGCCAAUCUUGGCUCGGAUUCAGGAAGACCGCACCGUGAUUGUGUCUCCUGUGUUUGACAACAUUCGUUUUGACACCUUCAAACUGGAUAAGUAUGAACUGGCAGUUGAUGGGUUUAACUGGGAACUCUGGUGCCGCUACGAUGCACUGCCACAAGCCUGGAUUGAUCAGCAUGAUGUCACUGCCCCAGUGAAGAGUCCGUCAAUCAUGGGCAUCCUGGCUGCUGACAGGCACUUCCUGGGAGAGAUCGGGUCUCUGGAUGGUGGAAUGCUCAUCUAUGGAGGAGAGAACGUGGAGCUUAGCCUGCGGGUGUGGCAGUGUGGAGGGAAGAUUGAGAUUUUGCCCUGCUCCCGGAUUGCUCACCUAGAGAGACACCACAAGCCCUACGCCUUGGAUCUGACCCCUGCCUUGAAGCGCAAUGCUCUGCGAGUGGCGGAAAUCUGGAUGGAUGAGCACAAACACAUGGUCUACUUGGCCUGGAACAUACCUCUCCAGAACUCUGGAAUAGAUUUUGGAGACAUUUCUUCCAGAGUUGCGCUCCGGGAAAAACUGAAAUGUAAAACCUUUGACUGGUACCUGAAAAAUGUUUAUCCACUCUUGAAGCCAAUCCACACCAUCGUGGGCUAUGGAAGAAUGAAAAACCUGUUGGAUGAAAAUGUCUGCUUGGAUCAGGGGCCCGUUCCAGGCAACACCCCCAUCAUGCAUUACUGCCAUGGAUUCAGUUCACAGAAUGUCUACUAUCACCUAACCGGGGAGCUCUAUGUGGGACAACUGAUUGCAGAGGCCAGUGCUAGAGAUCGCUGCCUGGCAGACCCCGGCAACGCAGAGAAGCCCACCUUAGAACGAUGCUCUGAGGCAGCUAGGAAUGGACUGCAUAUAUAUUGGGAUUUUAAACUGGGAGGAGCCGUCAGAAACAGGGAUACCAAGCGGUGUCUGGAGAUGAAGAAGGAUCUUUUGGGUAAACACGUGCUUGUGCUCCAGACCUGUACCACGCAAGCGUGGGAAAUCCAGCACACCGUCGGAGACUGGGGUCAGACCAACAGCCAGUGAUCGCCAGACGAUGCUGGAUCUGGGUCAUCCAUUCUUGCAAGUGGAACGACUUCUACUCCCAAUACUGCCAGCUCCUUUCUCAAUGAGAAGGAAAGCAUGUGUAUGUGUGUUUAUGGCGACUUCAGGUGGGGCCCGUGCAUGUGCUGGGGUGUCUCUGUUGCAGAGCGGAGAGGAAACUCUGAUGCCUCAUCCCCAGCUUCCCUGGGAAGGUCGUGAUAUAUAUCAAAUGCCAUUCUUAGAAACUCCUUGAAAUAACCAGCAUCUUUUGGCUGUUAUGUGGGGAGAGAAGGAGGAGGAUGGAAGUUUAUCUUUGACUUCGGCCCACGAUGUUUAGCCUUCCUUCCCGACAGCUACUGUCGCCAUCUGCCCCACACCUCCUCCCCAGCGCAUCUGCCUGGGGACUCCCAGGCUGCCGGGGGCCAUUCCACGUGAGAGGCUGGGCCCUUCUCAGGCCAGCAGUGUGACAGCUCUCCCGGUGGCACUAAUUCUCCCUCCUGCCUGGGCUGACCUGAGAGAUGCAGAAAGUAGACAAGUGACUUUUAAAAAUUCCUCCAUUCCUCCUCCCAUGGCAGUUUUAUUUGGAUUAUUAAUCUCUCCCACACCAAAGAGAUUCUGGAGGCUGAAGGGAGGAGAGAAGGCACCUGAACUCAUCACCGCUGUCCGGGGGACAGUGUGUUGAAAAGGGUAAGAAAAUCCAGGGCCAUCGGAGCCUUUCUCUUAGUAGGUCAUAACAUUUAAUGACUGAAUUACCGAUUCCCUCCUCCUACUCUUGCAAAUUAUGGAGAAGAUGAGGCUUAAAUCAGAGGGACGCUGCUUUUUGGGGACAAAGAAGAGACUGCAGGCAAAUCUUAAAACCAGGGAUUCUAUGGCUGUCUACUGGAUAAAUGUUUUCUGCUGGUUGGUGAGUUGGGAAGGUACAUCUCAGCCUGCCAAUUUUUGGCAAGGUCUUGGAGGCUGGUGGGACCAGGCGCCAUGGUGGGAGAGGAGGUAGGAUGGCCCUGCGUGUGUGUUGUGUUGUGGGAUUACCCUUCAAGCAUGUGCUCCCGGAACCCCUUCGUCAGAGGGCCACUUUUUUCUCUUAGUCCCAUGUCAGGGCUGCCUGGAAAUGAGCUGGGGAAUCAUUAGGUUUUCUUAAGGCAUGAGGCAUGCAAGACGGUGAUAAUUUGGUACAGAAUUUAAUCAAUUAAAACUUAUAAAAAUGGGCCGGGCGCGGUGGCUCAUGCCUGUAAUCCCAGCACUUUGGGAGGCCGA